AUUAAACCAUAAUAAUUCUUCAACACAAUUUUUCUACAUUGACCCCUGAAAUAUCAUGGCAUCAACAAUGAAACAUCCCGUUCUCUGUUUGCUGUUCAUUGUCGUAGCAACAGCGGCGUUUAUUCCACCAGGAUCAUCAGAAUUGGAACCGAGUCCGAGUCCGUUAUCGCCGGAGCUAGCACCGGGGCAGCUCGGAAUUGGAGAAUGCUGGUCGACUGUAAGAAAAGUUGAAGGAUGCUUUGUGGAAGUUAUAAAGGCAAUUAAUGAGGGGAAAGUUGGUGAAAUUGGGACUUCUUGUUGCCAAGCUAUAUUAUCAAUUGCAGAUAAAUGCUGGCCUGAGAUGUUACCGUUGCACCCUUUUGUUCCGGCUCUUCUCAAGAACUUUUGUAGUGGAGCUUCAUUUGCAUUUGCACCUGCUCCUACCCUAUUUUAAUUGCUUCAUUUGAAU